AUGUGCCGAGAUAAGGUAUUCAUGCUGAUAGGAUCUUUUCUGAAUCUCACAAUUUUGGUGGCGCCCUGCAACAUCAUGUGGGCCCAGAAAGCAAUUUCUAGACCCGUUCCAAUCCCCAGCAACAUCAAUCUGCAGAAGAAAAGGCCAGUGAGGACGACACGUGUUGCAUCAUUAUCAAGCAGUUGCUUAAAAGGAGAGAAAAGGCGAAAUAAUCAGUUCGUUAUUCACGAUCUGAGGGCGCUCGGUGCUAAGAAGUUUUUUGGCAAGUUCUGCGCCGGAUCUAUCGAUCACAUCAGUAUCCGCCAGCUGCAGUGCAUUCUACUUAAAGUCGCUCUACUUCUGGGAGUUGAAAUUCACGAGAACGUGACGUUUGAAGGACUCGCUGAGCCGCCAGAAGAUCAGUCGAUCAAAAUAGGUUGGAAGGCUAAAAUUAGCCCGGCGGAUCAUCCAGUCUCGCAAUAUGAAUUUGACGUGCUCAUUGGUGCUGAUGGCAAGAGAAACACAUUGGACGGGUUCAAACGCAAGGAAUUCCGUGGACGACUGGCCAUUGCCAUUACGGCCAAUUUGGUUAACAAGAAAUCGGAAGCCGAGGCACGCGUCGAAGAAAUUUCGGGCGUGGCUUUCAUUUUCAAUCAAAAGUUCUUCAAAGAACUCAACACCGUCACUGGCAUCGACCUGGAAAACAUCGUCUACUACAAAGACGAAACCCAUUACUUUGUCAUGACGGCCAAAAAGCAGUCGCUGCUCAGCAAAGGGGUCAUUAUUCAGGACUUCCCGGACACGGUGAAGCUAUUGUCGAUCGAGAAUGUUAAUAAAGAGGCCCUGAUGGACUAUGCUCGUCAAGCGGCCGAUUUCUCCACCAAUUAUCAGCUGCCACACUUGGACGUUGCCGUCAAUCAUUACGGCCAGCCGGAUGUGGCCAUGUUUGACUUCACUUCCAUGUUUGCGGCCGAGAACGCUUCAAGGGUGCUAGAAAGACACGGCCACAAAAUGCUCAUGUGCCUGGUGGGUGACAGUUUACUGGAGCCGUUCUGGCCGACAGGCUCGGGAUGUGCGCGUGGCUGGCUGAGCUCUUUCGACGCCUGCUGGGCCAUCCACUCUUGGUCUAGUGGUCGGAUGACUCCGCUGGAGGUCCUCGCCGAGCGAGAGUCCAUUUACCGCCUGCUGGCUCAAACAACGCCCGAGAACCUGAACAAAGAUUACAGUGCCUACACCGUCGAGCCUCAAACACGCUACCCCAAUCUCAACAUACGAACCUGUCUCGAUAUCCAGGUCAAAUCACUCUACGACACGGAUAACUUGGCCGAGCUGGCCAGACCUGUCAAAGCUCCCGUCGAGGAGGGAACUCGGAAAAGAACUAAACGACCCGACUCUUUCAUUCACCCAGAUACGUUAUUGGUGUGGCUCAAGAAGCAGAUUGCACUCUACGAUAUCACUAUCACAGAUAUGACGAAUUCAUUUCAAGACGGCCUUGCCCUCUGUGCUAUUAUCCAUCGAUAUCGCCCCGAUCUGCUGGAUUUCGCCUCACUGGAUCCAGCAAAUGUGGCCGUUAAUAACCAACUGGCUUUCGACAUCCUUGAAGAACUUGGCGUUCUUCCUGUGACCACCGGUUACGAAAUGGCUCAGUUGGCCGUCCCUGACAAACUGUCCAUGCUGUCCUAUCUGACACAAGUUCACGAAUUGUUCUGUGGGGAAAUUCCUUGCGUCAAACAACCUAAAAGGGAACUGACCGAGUCUGAGGAGGACAUUUUGGGAGCAGCUUCUCUGAAACGGCCAACUGCCAUUUGUUCUGCCGGCCAAUACCAACGCGCCGCAGCUCAGAGCAAAGCCACAACGCGAACGUCGACGUCCAGCAAGCGGAAAACGUUGGAACGCGUAGCGACGGCAGAGGCGCCCAGCAGCACACUCAACCGGACCGGAGGUGACCGCAACAAGGCCGACAUGUCUUUGCGCAAAGCCCGCAAGCGUCGCAGUACCGACCGUUCCUUACACAACACCGCGGAACGCGGUCAAGUCCAGCAAGAGAUAGCCGCAAACCGGUUGGACCGAAAGCAACGGGCGGCAGCUUUCCUGCGCCUCCGAUUCGAUAGAAGUAUGCAGAUGUUGCAAGCCGGUGGCGAUCCGGACGACGAGCCGGGCGGAUUCAGCAAGGCCACAGAAAGACAGAUGAAGGCUGAUCGCGACCUCCAGGAUAUUUCCCUAUUCAUUUACCGACUCGAGUCAGAUUUCGAGGAUAAGAGGUGCCGACUGGAGAAGAUGUUGUCCGGUUUCAACCCCACCGACCGCAAUGCCAAGCCCGGCCGUGGUAGCGGUGCAGAAGGUAGCGAAUCGCUGAGUAAUAAAGUCCGUGAUUUGGAAGCCAAGCUGAGAGGCAAUCGCCCAACUGACAAGAAACCCAAAGAUCUAAUCCGAGCCAUAGGAAAAUUGGAUAGGAGCGACUGGCAACUUUCUGCUUUGGAGAAGAAGAUUGAAGAGAACCAGACACCUGGUGGGGUGAAAGAUCCGCACAUGCAUGAUAACAAAGUGCCCAAAUGGAACAGGGACGCGUUCACUGAUAAGUUCGAAGCGAUCAAUCGCCGGAUUCACGGUUUACCUGCAGAAGCCGUCAACGAAAAGUACGUCAACCUGGAACGCGGUAUGAAGCAGCUGCAGAGGAAGCUCAAAGAAGGCAGUGUGCUGGAUACGGGCCAUCGAGGCAGCAAUAAGGUUUCCGCCAUGGCUCAGCAGCUGUCCAAAAAGGUGCCGGAAGUGUCCAGUGUGAAUGAUCAGGCGGAAUCUUUCAGACCCAAGCCGGUGCUCAAUCUUCCUCAGCAAGGAGGCUCGGAGACGUGCCAUUUUUGCAGCAAACGCGUCUACCUGAUGGAACGCAUGAGCGCCGAAGGUCGAUUCUUCCAUCGCGGCUGCUUCCGUUGCGAGUACUGCGCUUCGACGUUGCGACUCGGAGGCUACGCUUUCGUCCGCGACGACCUCCUCGGCGGCGUCUUUUUCUGUAUGCCGCAUGUGUCCAUGUUGUACUACAUGCGCAACAAAAUUCUGACGGGCCGCAACGGCGAAACUUGCGUUGACGGCCAAAUUGAACGAAGAAUUGCCCAGCCCGUUGCUGCCCAACCAAACAAUCAACUUCUCAACAUUAGUGCGGAUAAGCCAAUCGUGUUUGAGCCGAUCAAGAGCCCUCUAGUCCAGGCUGCUGUCCAGGCUGCCGAUCUCGACUUCCGGCGAGAUGGCACUCCGGAAAGAGUGGAAUUUGAAAAUUCCAUCGCCGACGAGACGGCCAAAGAAGAUCAACUGAGCGAAAUCGACGAAGACGAAUGGACUGACCACAAUUUCGGCAAUUCCGUCCAUUCUGGCACGGAAGAUGAAGCCUCAUCUUUGGACGAUUCAAGUUCCGACGAUGACGAAGACGACGAGGAAGGGGGAGAAGAAGUUUCCAACGAAAAUCUGAUGGAACUUGACAGGCCUUUGACUGCAGACGAAACUCGAAGACUUGCCGAAUCGUGGAAGAAACGCUAUUCGACCGAAGCGUCCGAUCGCAAUCCACAGGAAUGUCAAGAACCGCUUCACGAAAGCAUUCCUGAAAAUGAAGAAGAAAACAACGUCCGGAUUGAUGUCCCGGCCUUCCCGCUUGCAUCCGAACCCAUCCACAAGAAAUCCAGUGAAGAAGCAACCAGUUCCGAUACAGAGAUGGGUUCCGAUGAGGAGUUGGAAUUGGAAGAUGAAGAGGAGGACGAUGAAGGAGAGUAUGAAGAGGAGAGCGAAUACGAGAAUGGCGAAGAGGAGGAAGACGAAGAUGAUGAAGACGAAGAAGAUGAAGAGGAUGAAGAAGACGACCGAGAUUCUGCUACGGAAAUUGAAACUGAUUCUGAAUUUGAUCAGAACAGCAAUGCCGACGUACGUUUAGGACUUCAAGGAAUCCCUACUAUCGUUGUCAACGAAUCAGAGGCUGAGCAGUUGAAAAAGAGCACUGACCAGCUGGCCAACGGUAAUGGAUUGGACAGUCAUCCGGUAGCGGAAGUGGAAGCCGAACCAUUGGAACAGAUGCCACCCACCAGAUCCACGAAGGGAGAUCCCAAACCCAUCUACGUUGAUCAGUACAUAUCACUUGAAAAUGCUCGACCACUCCAGCGGACGCUAUCCCAUGAAGAUAGCAGAAAUGCUGAUUCGGCGACCGCACCUGGCCGUUCGGGAGUCUUGGCCUAUUUGCGUCGCCACGAACAGCUGGAAAGGUCGCCUUCUACCAAUAUGGUGGCCUCUAAGAACUCGCUGGAACUCAAGAAAAAGUACAUGUUGGAUUAUGGAGGCUCUACAGGCUCGCUGGCACAAAAAUCUGCUUCGACCACCAAUCUCGAUAGUAAGCUGAGGAGCUUUGUGGACACCAUUUCCGAGGCCCAGAAAAAACUUAAUCCGGCCCCUCAGCCCAGCGUUCCCAUGCAGGUGUUCUUACAGAACACGGCCAACAUUUUCCAACCAGGGCCACGUCAAGUGCCAAACGUUUUACCCGUCGAAAAAACUAACGAACCUGCUGAACCGGUUCUCAGUAUUCCAAAAGAAAUCCCGCCAGAGGAUUUGGAGUGUUUUGAAAAGGAACCUCCAACUCCGACCAACAGUGAACCCCCAGCUGAAGCGAUUGCUGCAAUCGAAUCCGCUGAAAUUGUAGCGGUCACGCCGAGCGACAGCGGCUCCGCCCAAACAAAUGGAAACAUCGCCAGCGAAGUCACUAGCAGUGACACCGAAUCAGAAGAAUCCAAGGAGGAAUCUAAUCGGGACGCGACUUCAGAUGUCGACACGGAUUCUGAAGCGGAUUCAUCCGAACCACCGUACGAAGCGCUCAACCAGUAUGUUGCUUUGCCCAGUGUCGUCGUGGAAGAAGACGAAGAACCGGCCGUUGUAAUCCUUCAGGACGUGCAAGAAUUACAGUCGCCCGAGUCCACCGACGAAGCGCCACCACGACCACCCCCUCAUCACCCGAAAUUGGCAAUGCAAGAGGAUUUUGAUUUGAGUCCAUCCAGCGAAAAAAUUGAUCUUCCAGAAAAACUCACGACCUGGGCGCGGUCGCUUUCUAAAGAAUCGGUCGAUUCUUCCAAAUUUGCCAUGACCGAGACGGAAUUCUCCGACUGGGCCGAUAACAGUUUGGGUGGCGAUUUGGAUGCCGAGCUCAACAUUGACCCAGAGCCUGUCAAACAAACGGCAGCCAAAGAACAAGCCCGUCCAUCAGAGACUCCAGCUGCAAAGCCUGCCGUUUCCGUCAACAAUGGCUCUACCAAUUUAGACGACAUCGAAUAUGCCGAUGACAGCGAGGAACGAGUGGUGGAUUUCAAAGGCUACACUAAUUUGGUCGAGGAAACUCCCACUCCAGAAAAACCAGACACUCCCGUGGCCGCCGAAUCACCGGAAGUUCCCAGUUUGAUGUUCAGUCGCAUUAGAGACUCGAUCGCCAUGUCGCGUGACCGACAGUCGCCUCUAUUUUCACCCAUCAAAGACGACCGCGUUCACAAAGAGAUUCAACGUCGUAUGCUGGAGAAGAAAUACGAAUCGUCGCCGAAUUUGGUCCGGAAGAAGGAAGCUAUUUCUCAGGAGCGUGAACGACAGGGUGACUUGGUGCGCGAUAUGGUCCUCAGUCGCAUUCAGCGCACUAGUCCGGAGAAGACGAGGGAGCGUCGAAGAUCUUACGAAUCCAUGACGCCGCCUGGAUCUUCACGAGCUUCUCGAUCCGAUUCGGAGCCGAGGAGCACCAUCACUCCAGAUCGUCGAGACAUCUUCGCAACACCUCACUCGUCUCUUCGAUCCGUGGCGGAAGUGCCGUCGGUGCUUCCCAGCGAAUUCGUCACGCCGAUGAGCAGCCUCAAGAAAGAUUCCGAUAAAAACAACGAAGGUGGUCUGAUGGCUGUGAAACGUGAAUUGUUCGUAUCGACACCGUCGAUUAGACCGACUGACAUUGGUGAAUUCAAGACGCCCAAUUUCAAAGAAUGGCAAGAUGCAAACAGACAACUUGAUCGCCAAAAUUCGGCUCGCAUUGAGGCUCGAGCCAAAGCUCAUGCCAAAGCUGAUCAAGAUCUGGGGUUGAGUCCACCGGAUUAUAUCGAAAAUCUGAAAGACAAGCUGCGCCGCAAGCCCAGCGUCGACGAGGAUAGCAACCAAAUGCUACCGGCCCGGACGCGCAGUUUCUCAGAACCGAACGUUGAUGCCGACAAAUCGUGGAAUCUCCCAGUUCAUCCCAAUGUUGCCGGGCAGAUUUCAUCUGAAGUUGUCGAUGUACCACCUGCCAAACCUCCAAGAAUGAUGGUGCAUGCUCCGACUGUUGCUCCAGCCAACAAGGUGGAGUCUUCGCGAAUCUCGGACACUACCUCGGCCGUUCAACCGUUCAAUUCCGUAUUGAAAAACUCCAAAUCAAUGUCGCAAAUUGUUUCUCCUGCCGCUCCGGUCUUGCAACUCCCCAGUCCGCGGACAGAUGUUAUCGGCAGCAUGUUUGUACAACAACACAACCGCCCGUCCUCAUCCAGCCCGACAAGUCCACCACAAAGCCCACGAUCCGUCGGGUCAUCUAAAUCCACAAGUUACCUGUGGGCCGGCCUUUCACCUGCCGAAUCUCAAGCCAAACUGGACGCCGAUUCUGCUGCUUCGACGUCUUCUCCAUCGACAACGAACAAUCAGGGCGUCAAGGUGAAGAAAUCGAAAGACCGUGAGCGUCGACGCAGUAUUAUCCAGACGAUUACCGGUCUGUUUAGCAGCUCCAAGAAAGAAGAAAAGAAAGACGAACCAAAGGAAGUUGAUUCCUCUCCCAGUAAGAAAUCCAGCCCACCCAAGUUCCAGUUGCCGAAAUUUUCGGGAAAGAAGGACAAAUCCAACAAGGAUAAAUUCGCGUUGGAUGACUCCUACGAAGAAGGUCGACUGCGAGCUGCUAGUUCUCCUGUCACGCCCAACAACGAUGUAAAAGAUGGUGUCAAACCACGAGCAUCGUCUCUUCUCGCUAGUCCAACCUCGGGAAGUGAAGCCAAUACUCCCACGACCAGUUUUGGUCUGGAACAGUACGGCGAUUCGGCAGGAACUCCUACCGGAGCGUGGUCAGCUUUCUCUUCGAGUAGCAGGCGACAAUCGAAGCAAGCCCGCCAAGUAGCGCGUCAAACGGAAUUAAAGAGACUGCGCAUGGCUCAAUCUAUACAGCGACAGCUGGAAGAAAUUGAAGUGAAGCAAAAGGAACUGGAGGACCAAGGCGUCAGACUUGAAAGAACUUUACGUGGUGAAGAAGGAGGAGUGUCCGGCCGUGACGAGUCUGCCCUGAUGCAGGAGUGGUUCCAGCUAGUCCACGAGAAGAACGCAUUGAGUCGGUACGAGCAGGAGCUGAUGGUUCGUGCUCGUGAACUUGAGCUGGAAGAUAGACAUGCCCGGCUUCAGAUGGAGCUAAAGGAUCGCAUGUCAUUGGAUGACUGGGAAGACGACGUCUUUAUCGCUGAUGGCUCAUUGGGGCCAGAGACGGUGAAAUCGCCAGCCGACGUGGACAAGGAGGGAGCCAUUCUUUCCGAGAUGCUGGAGAUCGUGGAGCAGAAAGACUCGCUGCGCAGCAUGCUCGAAGAGGACCGGCAAAGGUGGGCAGUCUUUUUGAACCUGAUUGAUCUGGCUCAAAGUAGUCUAGAGGAUGAUGUUUUCGCGCCUGACUCUGCGGAUGAACAGGAAAUCGCAGAUGAAUCCGAUGGGGAAUGUCAAGCGUACUCGGACCAGAUUCCGGCGCCCAAAGCUUCGGAUUCCGAAGUCUGGGAUAUUCGGGACGGCCAGCCGGAAGCAAUAGACAGCGAUCUUGAAAUCGAGGAGGAAUUUGAGCACCUGUUCAUCAAUGACCAUUCAGACACUUCUUCUCCCUGUACCGGCUCGAUAAGCGAUUUUCUCGAAUCGGAUUUAGUUGUAUUAGAUCCCAUUGAACCCCCUGCGGAAUUGCACGAACAACCGGCGCAUCCAGCAAAGAUUGCUUGGAGUCCGUCUGUCGAAUUUGAGGGGAAAACUGUUGAAUUGAACGAAUUGGUUAGCCAAGAAGAAAUUGACCUUUGGUCUGCCGUUGCCGUUGCCACCACCAUCGAGAAUGAAAACGCAAUUGACGAACAAGAAGUUUUAGAAUUUGAUCAACUUGUCCAAGACUUGUCUGACGAUGACGUGGCCAGUUUAGGUAGUUCCAUCGAAGAGAAGCGCCCGGAUUCGAUGGAAUUUGAAAGCCAGACGAUCGAGUUGACGGACCUUAAUAGUCAAGGUGAAACCGAGUUCUGGUCCGGCAAUGACGACGACUCGGCAGCCAACAGUGAUUUUGAACGGCCUCUGAGCUCGGACGGAACUGAUUACGAAUACUUUUAUGAGCAACGGCAAAGCAUGGCUGCAGACGUGAAACAAAGGAAAACCUCUGAAAUUCUUCGGGAGAAAGUCGAAGUCUUUGACGAGCUGGACAGAAAGGCGCGGAAGCGCGUCGAGGCCGUCGAAGAGGAGAACGAUUGGGGCACGCUCGGAGUUAAAUUUGAGAACCGCGGUGUGGUGCGCGAUCUUGUUUGGAUGUGGGAGUACAACCAUUUGCAACAAAGUGGCCGCCGAGGGGUCUACCCUGAUCUGGACGAGCGUCCAAAGACGAAGGGAAAGAAAGACGAUCGGUCAAGUAGCCGGAACGACCUCGAAUCAAACCCGCAGCAACAGACACAAGAGCCACCUCAAAAAACCAGGAAGAAAAGAAAGAAAAUCGUUCCAGAAAUGGAAUUGGAGAGGAGAACAAUUUGCUCAUCCGAUCCAGCCGGCGGAUGGGCGUGGUGGCAGAUUGGCAUCCUUUUCUGGCUGACGGUCUUCUCGUUUUUCAUCUUGUCGGCACUUCCGGCCGACAGUUGGCCCUCAUUCUUUUGAUAGCACAUUUCUUUUUUUUUCCUCCUCCCGUUGUUUCACACAUUCUUUUGUUUCUCCUCGCUCUCUGUUAUUUUCCUUAUUUAAUUCUUUAAUAGUGGUUGUGGUUUCGUUUCACUGCCGUUCUUCCCGCUCUUCGUUUUCCUUACCCAGUAGUAGUAGUAGCUUUACCUUCUCUGUUAUUAUGCUUAUUCUUUCAAAUCGACCUGCGCUCAAAUUUCUUUUUUCUACGUUACCUGACAAUGUUUUAAAGUCGGCCUCCGGGAGAAUUUUUUUUUUUUUUGUUUUGUUUCUAAUCUUAGUCAAUCCUACCGGUAAAUCUUAUUAUCUUAUUCUUUAUUUUGCGUCCCGUCUGAAUCGUUUUCUAUUUUGGGCUUUUCAACCACCAAAUGUGUCUGACGAGCCAAGUGAAGUUAAUAUCCGAAUUGCUUGAUUGGGAUGCCAAAAUGACAUGCAAUCUAGUCUAACUAGAAACUAUCUGCUGGAUAAAAACAAGCGCAAAAAAGAAAAGAAAAAUCCAUCCCCAAAGAAUCGAGUUGUAAUCGUAACGCCGUGAAACAGUCCGAUCAGCUUUUAAAAAUCGCCGUUCAAUAUUGCCUUGAAAUAAUCUUCGUGUCCGUUAAUUUUGUUUUCUUGUAAUUUAAAUUUAGAAUAGUGAAGUGUGCUUUUAUCAUUUGCCUGUAAGCGCUUUUGAAGGAAUAAGCAGUCGAAGAUAAUUUAGACUUGUCAGAGACACAAUUAACCGGAAGCAACCUCUUUCUCUUGUGUUGUCUGGCUCUCCCCAUUGCAGGUACCGUGAAGAGGACAAAGACCUGGAAACUCAAAUGCUUGCCAAAGGCUUGCGGCUAGCUACGCUUCGCCAACGAAAGGAAUCCCAAGUCUGAUGAUUAUGAAACCGUCUAAAACACCACGUUUUAAAGAGGAGGAUGUUUGUAAACAUUUGAAUUUUUUUUUCCCUUUUAUUUCUAUCCUCCUCUCUUAUUAUCGAGUCUCUUCUGUCCAUGGGAUUCCAUCCGUUCUGCGUAAGAACACCUCGACUUAAAACAAAAGUAGUCAAUUUUUUUUUGUCAAAAUUUUUUUCAUGAGAGGCCGCUUCCAAAACGUUGGUUAAAUUGCUAGUCAUUCAUUGAAAUGAAUUGAGCCUUUGGACUGAAAAAUGAGAUUCACGCAGUCUGCGCUCCUUGGUGGCUGUCUUAAAAAAAAAAAAAAAAAACACAUAACCUUGUUUGAUGGAAUAAUAACUUUGUUAACAACAAUUUUUUGGGGGCUAGACGUACGUGAGGGGGGUGGUUAUUAAUGAUUAUCAGCCAACCGUGGAUAACGCGUGCUGUAAGAUGGGGUGGCGGCAUUAUCAGUGAUAAUAACUCAUCAAUUUGUGCAUGUUGUUGAGCUUUUUUUCCUGUUUGUUGAAUUAACGCCGACAAAAACUCGAUAAAUUGUUUCAUUUCUCCCCUCCCUCGAAGAGAGUGUGCGUGUUGUGCAAUGCUUUUGGCAGCUGGACCUCAUUGUUUUUCAUGUCAUUCAUGAACCGAAGUGAAGUUACCUUUUUUUUAACCUGCCUUUUUCUGUUUCUCGUUAUAUAUCCUCUUUUAUGGUUUUUCUGUAUCCGUCGCUUUUCAACUUAACCAAACGAUUUACUUCUUCGUAUAUACCUUCAUGAAACAAACUGACUGAUCAAAUGUUUCCCUUUUUGUCUUUUGUUCCUGAUCGAUUCGGACUUACCAUGAGAUUGAUACUCCUUAAAUUUUUGUUUUUUCCCCCCUUAUUUGUUUGUUUCAUCCUUUUUUGAAAAAAAAAUUAAACAUUGCCGAGUGCUAAAAAGAUUGGCUUUGCCGUCAUGCCUUGUAUGACUUAUGCAAGCAGACCCUCCCAAAUAUACAUGACAUCAUUCGA